GUCAUUUUUUAUUCUUAAGAGUGUAUGUACUUCUCUUUAAAGUAAAAUGUCCGAAGACGUGUCUUAUGUGUCGGUUUGCCAUUUCACGAGUGACGCUUUAAACAUACUGAAUCGUCUGAAUACAAGGAGAUUAUUCCCCAGUACUGGACCGGGUAAACUGCCCAGGGAUUGGAGAGGCUUAGCCAAUCUAAUAGGAAUAACAGCCCAAGAUGCAGAAAGCAGACACGAGAACAUGGUGAAGUGGAUUCUGGAGACGUGGGUCCAGAACGCGGGGGAGGCGGCGCUGGUGCACCAGCUGCUGCGGCACCUGGAGACCAUCGACAGAUACGACAUCAGGGACGACCUGCAGGACCUGGCCAAUGCUAACAGGCUUGUCAACACUGAACAAAAAUGGACCAUAGAGCGCCAAAUGGUGCUCCACUGUCCUGUCCAAGAGAACGACCAGCUGUUGACUAUGGACGACGUGGACCAGGGCGCCCCGGUGGAGUACGACGCGCUGGUGCUGUACGCUGCUGACGACCAAGACUUUGUGGAUGUCAUGAUCAGUAAUAUGUCCGAGAUUGGGUUCAAAUUGUUCACAAAGCACAGCCUGAGGCCAGGCGCGAUCCCCUACGGGCCCAUGACGGAACUGAUCAGCUCCCGAUGUCGCCACACCAUCCUCGUCUACUCGCCCGCCUUCUUCAAGAGUCUCGACGAUCGCUUCUACACGGAGUACGUCCACGCCAGGAACAUAGAGAAGAAACACACCCUGAUCCCUUGCGUGUACCGCGAGUGCACGCUGCCGCCGCAGUUCCGCUACAUAUUCGCGCUGUACGUCUCCUCCACGGCGUACAACUUCUGGGACCGCCUCGCCCGGUCGGUCGACGCCGGCCGCACGCCUAGGCUACUCCCCACAAACUCAGUGCGAAUCCAGGAGGUGACCAGCGGCAGCCAACUCAGGCUCAACGGCAGCCAGCUGAAGAUCACCAACGGUCCCGUCCCCAACGGUCAGAUACCCAACGGAGCACCCGCCAUCCAGGUCAACGGUCAGCCUAGCCAGUAUGUAACUCAACCUAGCAGCCAUACUCAAGCUAGUAUCCCAUCAGAAGGGUGUGUGUCACAACAUACUACUACUACUAUAGCUUUACCAGAUGUACCGUCAACUAGCCUAUCUGUUUCUGUGACAUCUCUGACUUCGCUGGACUCGCGGAGAACGGAAAGUGCCUCUCUCAACGAUUUAAGCACAAAGAAAAAGAAGAAGAGUUUUUUAAAGAAGUUGUUAAAGUUUCCGAAGAAGAAGAAAGAAGUGUUGCUCACUACGAAUUGAGUGAUAAGACUCUGUGUUAGGUUAAAAUUUUGUCGGCAUCUAUGUCAUGUCGCUGUUUGGAAAAUAUACGAUGACUUUUUCAGACUAAACAACAAAAGGUUAUCAAUUUGUAUUAUUUUUAUACAAUUAAAGUGCCUUUAACUUUAAACACUAUGAGAGAAAACAGUUACGUCCACUGAAACCUCGGCUCAACUGAAGGGCAUCAUUCGUGUGAUUCAAUAGGGUAGUUCACCUUACAUCAUCUCGGACUCACAAGGUACCAAUGUCCAUUUUUGGAUGCCUGCCAGUGCAGUUAGGGAUUCCACAGCAAUUAAGUUCAAAUCUCGUGUGGACAUUUGUGACUCAAAGUUAAGAUGCCUUCUGUUUGAACCAGAAUUAGAAGUUUUUGUGGCAAAAACGAGUGUUUGAGAAAAUGAAACAUUGAUAAAUCUGUUAUCGAUAAAUCAUAGGUACAUUAAUAUUUAAAAUAUGUAACUUUUACUUGCUGUAGGUUGCUGAAGGUAAGUUACCGAGAAAUUUCAAUUAUGCAAAUCAAUUACAAAACUGUACAUAAUUUCUUUAUUACAUAUAUGUAAGCACUUAAAAAUUAAAACGUAAACUGUAGUAUACCAAUAUAUCAAAAGAGAAGAUGAUAUCGAACGUGUUGUGUAUUUCGCGGUAGCUGUCUUCUUAUAAAAUGUAAUAAAUAUCUAAGUAAACGUUAAGGUAGGUAACAUCUAUAACAGACAUGUCGAUAUUUUAUUUUGUCAAUCACUUUAUUUUGUCACAAAAACUUCUGUCUGGUUUGAACCCUUAUCCGUUUAAAUGGGUAGGUACUUCUUUUAUAUUAAACCUGUGUGUGUGUGUUUUUUUUGCACACAAGUUGGUAACUAUUGUCCACAGUUUAGAGGAACUGGGUUGAGUGAGUAAAGACACCGUUGACUGGUAAUCUUAGACUAAUUUAUUCCAUCAUAACUAAGCGUUUUAUACAUCAUGUUAUCUUAACAUCACAUCUCUAAUCUGCGGCGACACACA